UGAAACUUACUAAUUAUGGAGAUUGAUUUGCCAGAGUUAUCACUGAUAGACGAAAGCAAGGUUGUGUCUCAAGACUACAAGCUAGCAGCAUGCAACGCGAAUGUUACAACACGAUCCGACAAAACAAUGGCGAGAGAUGACCAGAACGCCUCCCGUCCCGGUAUACCAGGCGCUCAACACAUGAACCAGUCUGUGGACUCGCUUGUGUCCCGGAAAUCCAGCACGGCGUCUCAGGUGUCCUGGGGAGGAAAUGACGAGUUCGACCAAGUGCUCGAAGCGAUCGGGCAGGACAUCGAGCAACACUUGGCAUUGCUCAAACCGUCGCCGUUGUCUCGUCUCGUCCGGCUUGGUUCCAGCAAGAGCUCAUCCCAACGAGACCUCAAGCAUCGUGCCAGGAAAGAACUGCGGGCCCUACAGGACACGCUGCGGGAGAAUCUGGGAAGGUCUGACGUGAGAAGAAUGCAAAGAUACGAUGACGAGGUUUCGCCUCCGUAUCGCCUCAAUCGUGGUGUUUGCUAUCGUCGGCUUCUUCAAUUUCGCGAUGAAGUGCAGGAGCUUUUGCAAUCUCUGCAGCCGUCAACUGCUGUUCGCGACCUCAAGCUAGCCCAGGUCGCACAGAUGAGCCAAGAGCUGAGCGAACUUCCGGGUAUCGCUUGA